CACAUACGUGACAUUGUAGCUGGUGCACUUUUCCGGCCCCAGCGUUCCAGCACAAAAUCCCCGGAACUGCACGCAACGAACGCACGAUGGAUCAUUUAUCCAAACCAGAAGUGAGCGCGGUCGUCGAGUUCGACUACACGGCCAAGGAACCGGACGAGCUGACACUUAAAAAGGGUGCCAUCAUUACGAACAUCAAAGUGCAGGAUGGUGGCUGGUGGGAGGGCACACUGGUCGCUACCGGCCGUACCGGCGUGUUUCCGGACAACUUUGUCCGUGUGCUAGAAUCGCAGGACAAGUCGCAGGUCGUACUCAGAGAUAAAAGUGCAACGCUAAAUCGAAGGUGUAAAGUCAUUUACAGCUACCAAGAGAACAAAGCCGACGAACUAACGCUUGCGGUUGGUGAUGUUAUCGAGUUUUUCGAAGAGGUCGAGGAAGGAUGGUGGCGCGGAAAGCUAAACGGGCGUGUAGGUGUUUUUCCGUCCAACUUUGUAGAAAUGAUUGAAUCCGUAUCUCCCAAAUCGUCCAGCCGCAAAAGUGGCAACGUGGGUGGAUUGGGUGUAACAGCGAUCGAUAGCAGCACCAGCAGCACCGGUCUAACGGGGACAGGUGGAGGAUCGUUGGGCGUAAGCCUUUCGAAAAACAACAGCCUCAACAAAAGCCGCACCAGCUUGAACAGUUCGCGGGAAGACCUCGAUCGGCACGAUGCACCUUCACUCCCUCCGAAACCGGUACGGGAGCUGUGUAAGGUACUGUUCGCCUAUCAACCUGCCAACGAGGACGAACUGAAGCUGGUCGAAGGUGACAUCAUAACGAUCCUCUCGAAGGAACUCCCGGAUAAAGGCUGGUGGAAGGGGGAACUUCGCGGGCGGGUUGGUGUAUUUCCGGACAAUUUCGUUUCCCUUCUCCCGCCGGAAGGUGGUAAAUCGUCCGCCAACAUAUCGGCCUCGGUACGAUCACUUGCCAGCAGUACACCGGGCAUCGGGACCGGCACCGGCAGUCUACACCAUCCGGGUGUAGUUUCACCGAUAAAAGACCCACUGCACGUUCCGAAACCGGAUCGUCCACCCGCGGCUAGCAAGAUGCAAAUGUUUACCAAGCAAACAUCCAAUUCCUCAGCCUCGGCGACUGCUUACCGCAAGGAAAGCUUCGGUUCGAAAGAUUCGUUGAACGAAUCCACCGGCAGUGUCGGAAGUGUUGGUGGCACGGGUUCGGUGACCGGUUCACCGACGUACAACAGUGUUGCCGCACACCGCAAAUCGCUCGAAAGCAAAACCACGGACAGUUCGGUGGCGGCAACGGGUGUCGUAACGGAAAAGCCUCCGCGCAAAAGUUUGGAAAACAAAGCGUCCGAUAUGCGCAAAAGUUUGGAAAAUCUGGACGAUAAGAAGGCUACACCGCCACCAGUGCUCGGUAAGAAGCCACAGGUUCCGAUCAAAAAAUCCCCUUCCAUUACGAGCGUAACGGGGAAUCUAUUUUCGGGGUUGAAACAAAAGGUGAAGGGUGGUGGUGCGUCGAUUGACAAGAUCGACAAAACCGUGGACGAACGUGAUGGUGUCGGGAGCAGCAAGGUAAAGUCGGAGGUGGCGGAUAAUGGGGACCGAUCGAUCGUUGGCGAACGGAUCGAGGUAGAGCUGGGUCACGUUGAACGAGGCACCUCGGUACUGAAGGAUAUGCGUGCGAACCGGGCCAAGGCACCGAAAAGGCGGCCACCUUCGUCACCGAGCAGUAUUAUUACAACCGAUCCGAAUGCAACCGGUAGUAUCACGACCAACGGUGGUGGAGGUUCGUUGAGCAAUGGAAAUUCUGGCCUCUUCAAUCAACUGUCGCUUUCGUUCGAGGCGGACAGUCCUAAGCCGGAUCUGAACGCAUCUUUCGGUUCGAACUCCUCUACCCUAGCCUCGGGGGGUGAUGGGGAAGAAUCGUUGCCCAAGGUACCGAAACCACGCGAAUGGGAAAAGAAUAAGGUACCGUGGAUGGACGAGCUGAAAGCGAGCCAGGCAAAGAAGACAACCGCUGCGGAAAGCAAAUCACCCGAGCACCAUCAUAACGUCGUUUCGUCCUCACAAACCGUCAGCACCGGAAAUAGUCACUUUCAGCAGGAAGAGACAAAUAUUUCCAAAUCAUUCCAUGCGAGUUCCAGCAGCAGCACUACCACCACCACCGGAACUCCACCGAUCGUACCGUCCGGGAAUGCUGUUCGUGCACGGCUAAUGGAACGAUCUGCCACAACGACAAGCGUUCCUUCGGAAAGCAAUCAUUCCACCAGCAGCGGACCUAAUAUGAACAGUUCCUUCGAUCUGAUUGCGUCGUGCAAUCGGAAGGAACCCGUCAGCAGUAGCGGUGGUACGACUUCGCUUCAGCAGCAACAUCUUCCCACAGCCAUCGAUACGUCCGGCGUAAGCGCAAUGACCAAAUCGAUGUCCGCUCUGUCCACCACUACGACCAAGAUUGCCAUUUCUGCAUCGUCCACCGGUACGGUUUCGUCGACCACGACGGCGGUCACCGAAAACAACGGCACUCACGAACCGGAGACAAAGGCCGGCACCGUCCCGGCCGCUGCACCCUCGCCAAACAGUCGUCCGGUCAGUGUGAACCUUCGGAGCACAAGCAUUUCGCCAACGCCACAGAACCGCAAUGCCAAAACGAUUCAUAUCGUGGGUAGUAGCAUCAGUAAGCCUCCUUCUUCCUCCUCGACCAUGCUGGCGGCGGAAACGACAAACACUGCUACCCCGGCCGUCUCGAUGGACAACGUGUGCAAUCGGGUGCAGGAGCUCGAGCAGAAGGUGACCCGUAUGGAGCGACAGCUGGCGACACAGAACGGGCUGAUCGAGGAGCUGACGCGGAUGUUGCGCGGCGAAUCGGACAAGGUAAAGACGCUACAGAAGGAGCUAGAAAAGUAUGCACAGUGCGUCACACAGGUAUGAUGAAUGGAG